CCGCAGAUGAGGCAAACACCAACCACCCGCCCGCCAAGAACAGCAGAACGCAACAGAACACAGUAACGAACAGGGCAGCAAGCAGAGCAAGGGGAAUGGGGAUCCUCCUCUCCCCCUGCUAUUUUUCGCCCCUCGUGAGAUGGCGCCGCCCGGGGGGUGAAAUGACCUGAUCGGGCGCGCCGGGCCUGACCCCGCUGCUGCUGCUCGGCGUCGUGCGUGACGGGAGCGGGAGGGGGGCGGAGCCGCGACGCCGUUGCGGCUGCGGUUGCGGCUUCCUCCUUCUCUCAUCCCCCCGCCCGGAGCCGCGGCAGCGGAGGACCCGCACCCGCACGGCCUCGAGAGUUUGAUCGUCUCGUGGCGCGCCAUGUCGUCUAAUUCUUCGACCAGCCCGCCGGCGGCUCCGUCGCCGACGAAGAGCAGACUUGCUCCUUCGGCCGCCCCGCCGCCGUCAGCGGACUCGCCGUCCCCACCGUCGCCGCCGGUGGCUUCGUCCUCGCCGGCUCCACCAGAGCGAAGCGGCUCCUUGCCGCCGCCGCCGCCGCCGAGGUCCCGGGGCUCUGCGAUCUCGCCGGCCAAGACCCACUCUCCAUCUCCACCACCACCACCACCAGAGCAAUCGUCUAGAGGCUCACAUGGCGGUGGCAGUCCGCCGCCGCCACCGGUUUCUACGCACCGUGGCGGUCCCACCAUGGUGGAAGUCGUUUUCGCCGCUGCCGGCGCCGCGGCGCUCCUCGUCAUCCUCAUCGCCGCCUGCGUCUGCUGCUCGAGGAGGACGGCGCCGAGGAGGAGGAAGAGACCCCACAAUCCCAUGCAUUACUACGCCGACACGUCAUCAGCGUAUAAAGACUUGCUUGCAACCACAGGGAGCAGCACGUACUACACAACGAGUGGGCCGCAGCAGCAAUGGCAGAGCGACGCUGGCCAGGCGACGCCGAUGAGCAGCUUCGGCCCGCCGGGGGGUGGCUGGCACGCGCCGCCGCCCGACAUGACCUCCGGUGUGUACUCCAGCUCGCCGCGGCCGCCGCCUUCACCACACGAGGCGCUGGGGCUCGGCAAGGGCACCUUCACCUACGAGCAGCUGGCGGCGGCCACAGCCAACUUCUCGCCGGCGAACCUGCUCGGGCAGGGCGGGUUCGGGUACGUGCACAAGGGCGUGCUCCCCGGCGGCAGGGUGGUGGCCGUGAAGCAGCUCAAGUCCGGGAGCGGGCAAGGGGAGCGCGAGUUCCAGGCCGAGGUGGACAUCAUCAGCCGGGUGCACCACCGGCACCUCGUGUCCCUCGUCGGCUACUGCAUCGCCGGCGCGCGGCGCAUGCUCGUCUACGAGUUCGUGCCCAACAGGACCCUCGAGUUCCACCUCCACGGGAAAGGGCAGCCGGUGAUGGAGUGUCCGACGAGACUCCGCAUCGCGCUGGGGGCGGCGAAAGGACUCGCCUACCUGCACGAAGACUGCCAUCCUCGGAUCAUUCACCGCGACAUCAAGUCCGCCAACAUUCUUCUCGACAACAACUUCGAAGCAAUGGUCGCGGACUUCGGGCUGGCCAAGCUGACCUCCGACAGCAGCACGCACGUCUCGACCCGCGUCAUGGGCACGUUCGGGUACCUGGCGCCGGAGUACGCGUCGAGCGGGAAGCUGACGGAGAAGUCGGACGUCUUCUCCUACGGCGUGAUGCUGCUGGAGCUCCUCACGGGGCGGCGGCCCGUCGACGGCGGCACCGCCGUCAGCUCGUUCCUCGAGGACAGCCUCGUCGACUGGGCGAGGCCGGCCCUGUCGCGCGCGCUGGCCGACGGCGACUACGACGGCGUCGCGGACCCGAGGCUGCACGGCAGCUACGACCCCGUGGAGAUGGCGCGGCUGGUCGCCAGCGCCGCGGCCGCCGUGCGCCACUCGGCCAAGAAGCGCCCCAAGAUGAGCCAGAUCGUGAGGGCGCUGGAGGGGGACAUGUCGCUGGAGGACCUGAACGAGGGGGUGCGGCCCGGGCAGAGCAUGGCGUUCGGCACGGCGGCGUCAGCGCCCUCGUACAAGGCCAACAGGGCUCCCGGGCAGUACACGUCGGACAUGGAGCGGAUCAGGCAGGCGCCGAUGGCGAUCGGAGAGUCCAGUGGCGGCGCGGUCACCGGGUUCGGCCGUCCCUCGCCGAUCGGGAUCGAGGGGCCCUUCGACGACGACGAAUUGAGUCCGGUGAAGGGUCCGCCGCGCCGGUAGCAGGCUAGCAGCCGUGUACGCCAGUGCUGUCGGACCGUUGCGAUUCAUGCUCGCCGCGCCUGUUGUUGAUUGCGCGAUCGUCCUGCUCUGGCGUCUGUGAAUAGCUUGCCUCUUCUUUGCCACCAGUCGCUUCUGACGCAGCCUGCAAGCUGAUGUACUUAUCAAAAUCACACGGCGAAAGUGCAGAUGAACAGGGAUACCCAUACGCUUGUGUUUUGACAAGCAGAGCUGAGCACGCAACAAUGGUUGGCAUGCGUA